AUGAAGGAAGUUGAGGCAGAAUUGAACGGACUUGACGGUGCUGCUGGUGAUGGAGACUGUGGUUCGACAUUUGCGCAUGCCGCAAAAGCAAUUGAUGAACGAAUGAAGAACACAGAACUAAAGAGCGCCCAACAACUGUUAUGCAACCUUUCUGAGGUGUUCGAGCAGGAAGUUGGAGGCACUGGUGGUGCGCUAUACGCUCUUAUGCUAAGCGCAGCUUCCGAAUCCUUUGCAACAUCAGUAACAUCUAAAGAAUUUGGCAAUGCACUAAUGCGUGCAUCUGAAGCUGUACAGAAAUAUGGUGGAGCCAAGCCUGGAGAUCGAACAUUGGUCGAUUCGAUCCACGCUGCCGUUGAGAAAGUUAAAGGUGGUGAGAGCAAUUGGGACGUCAUACUAGAGGCAGCCACGAAAGCAGCUCAGUCGACCGCUCAAAUGAAAGCACGCGCUGGACGAGCUAGCUACACAGCAAAAGAGGUUCAAACUCGACCAGACGCGGGAGCAGUUGCUAUUGCGUAUUUCAUGCACAACAAUAUGGGAUACAAUCAGAGGCGUGGACACUAA